UGCAAAAAUAAUCUACGCAUAUUUGUAUAAAUUUACUAGAGUGCAGUCAUUGGUGCCCUGUUGAUCGCAAUAUAUAUUACAUAUAUACAUAUGUCUGAUUCCCCUAAGGGGAAUUGUGUAGCGGGUGCGGUUGCUAUGUAAAUUUCGAUAAGUUUUCGCUCAAAACAUUUAGCUCAUCGCAAGCCAAGCGAUAAAGUUGACGCCUCGUCACAACAAUAGAGAGGAAAAAACGAAUAGUUGGGGAAAGUUGUGCCAUUUAUCAAAAAUGGCUUGCAGUUGCAGCCCGUUGUUCUUUGUUUUUCUUCGGAAGAACCUGCUGUAUUUGCGAUGCAAUUGUAUACCACUGUUGUGCAUAUUCAUCGGAUUCUGUGGAGUCCUGACUAGCUACUUACACUGGUCAACUAAGCCUGUCCAGUACCAACUGGAAGAGUUUGAGCCCAAAAAUGAGAUGGUACUUAAAGAAACGUACUUCCCCGGAAAUGAAUUUGACUACAUAUACUAUGCACCCAGCACCUCGAACGUGGAGGACAUCGUGGACCUCCUGCGUCGGGAUCUGGGAAUCAUACCAGAGCGGCUGCGGGCCUACAAUAACAGUUUCGAGAUGCAGCUGGAUAUGGAGCAACAGUGUCGGGAAAGCUGCUUCGCCAUCAACUUUAAUCAGGUGCCUAAUCGUGGCUCUGGUGGAAAGUUUCAAUUCAGCCUGAGCUCAAAUCAGAUGCGGAUUUCACCCAAAAAACGCUACGUAAACGACGAGGAGAUUAAUCACCAAAAAGAUGACGAUGAUUAUAUUCGGGCGGGGUUCCUCACCUUGCAACAUAUACUGGACAAACAGUAUAUGAAAUACCAGGAGCUGGGCAAAAACUAUGAAGUGCUGGUCAGCUCGAUGCCAAAUCUAGAGGUUAUUAGUAUGGAUAGUCAUCGGCUGACUUAUUUUGGCACCCUGUGCAGCAUCCUGUUUAAAGUCGUUUUGCUGAGUACCUUUGUUGUGCCAUUUGUGGAGGAGAAGCAGAACGGCCUGAAAGAAUUUCUCAACCUGGUUACGCCCAUGAGUUUUCUUAACGGCCUUACGUUCUUCAUUAUACGCUUUGUGUGCUACACAUUACUGAUAAUUUAUGUCCUGGUCGCUGCACAUGUCUACAAGGCACUGGGGCUGAUAUGCUUCGUCUAUGUGGCGAUAUUGUUUUUGCUUUAUAUUUUAUCCUCCAUGUCUUACGCAUAUUUGAUCUCAGUUUGUUUCCAUUCAGUUUUCUAUGCGAAGAUCGGCGGCCUAAUGAUGUUAAUCAUUCCAUAUGUGUUUUCUUUCGUUCGAAGCUGGGCCACAUCGCUGGCAUUUGUCUGUUUUAGCACCAACGCCUUUUUGGAGGGAUUGGAUGUUUUCCAGACAUUCACGAAUAAGCAUCGCGAAUUUGGGGCCGCGGAUCUCUUCCGUAAAAUCAAAUACGAUUCCUAUAGGAUGAUUUGGGUCUAUGUUAUGCUCAUUUUUCAAUCUUUUUUAUACGCCCUGCUCUACAACUACUUGGGUUGUGUGUAUCCAGGUCCUGGCGGACUUAAACGACCAAUUUUGUUUUUCUUAGAUCCCAAGACGUACCAGAAACGACAACGAAACGAAUACACGACAGCACCGCGCGGCACCCACGCCAUUAUAAUUCAAGAGUUGUGCAAGAAGUUCCAGACAAGUAAACGUGAAACGCUUAUUUCGGACAACUUAAAUAUGACAAUCAACAACAAGGAGAUCACGGUUUUACUGGGUCACAACGGUGCUGGCAAGACCACGAUGAUGAACAUGAUAAUGGGACUGGUGCCUAAGGAUUCGGGCAAGAUAACUGUGUGCAGUGAGCGCGAUGUGGCUUCCUAUCGCCACCUGAUUGGCUUUUGUCCCCAGCACAGUGUAUUCAUGAGCUACAUGACCUGUCACCAGCAUUUGGAGUUUUUUGCUCAGCUGCGUGGAGCUCGUCGCUCGGAUGCCCGUGAGUGGGCAAAAUUGAAACUUAAAAAACUAGGACUCGGCGACAAGGAAAACGAAUUCGGGCGGAAUUUGUCGGGAGGCAUGAAGAGACGACUUUCAUUGGGUAUCGCAAUUGCUGGAAACACCAAAAUAGUAAUUCUUGACGAGCCUUCAUCGGGACUAGAUAUAAACUCCCGCCGUGAACUGUGGGAUAUUCUUUUGACUCUGCGCAAAGAGAAGGCCAUUCUGGUUACUACCCAUUACAUGGAGGAGGCCGAAGUGCUUGGGGACACCAUCUGCAUACUGUCCAAUGGCAGGCUGCAAACCACUGGGACUCCGUUGGAAUUAAAACGCAAAUCGGGCAUUGGCUAUCGCUUGAAACUGGAGGUCAAAGACUUUACAUUUCGCGAAAACGAAAUAAUGGAAAUAAUACACAACUUUGUACCGACAGCCCGAGUCUUGAAUGUGGUGAAACCGACUGUGUAUAUUUGUCUACCAUAUGCUUAUAAGAAGUGCUUCUCAGAAAUGCUACACAAGCUGGAGACGAAAACGAAUCAGCUAGGCAUAAGUACAAUUUCAAUGACGGAUACUUCCUUGGAGGAUGUUUUCUUAAGAUGUGCUGGGGAGCAAGACCAGGUGGACACCCCGGAUGGUUCCAGAAAUGAUGCGCCGCUACUGACGACCCCCUAUAAGCGAAUGUCCAGCCAACCGGUGCAACCCAGUUUGCUGCAACUUUGGAUGGCGGUGUUUUAUAAGAAGUGGACAUUUAUCUCCAAUGAAUGGUUAUAUUCGCUGAUAAUGCUGUGCAUUCCCUUUGUUUGCGUUUGUGUGGCUAUAGUCGUAAUGCACGCCAUGUCUAUAGUGGAGAACGAGGAGGCACUUCCGCUGAAACUCAGCCAGAUGGGUAGUGGCGUCAUAUACAUCCACAAUCCGACAGGCCAUCAUGCCCAGGUGGAGCAGCAGCUGCGUCAGCAGAUCGAGCUGAGUGGAAUCACAGUGAAAACAAUGCACCUACGUGGGAGCAAUGAUGUUAAAAAUGAAUCCCUCGAUUUGCAACGCGAUAACUUGGCUGAUUUCCUGGAACAGGUGAUUGGUAUCAUUGACAUGUAUGGCGGUGGGCGUGGGACCGCAGAUACGCCCACCUUAGAGAUCUUCUUCUCGGGGAAUCGGUAUCACAGCUCUGUGGAGCUAAUAAACCUGGUGGAUUCCGCAAUGCUGAAGCUAGAUAAUCCAGAAUCGGACAUUGAGACCACCUACGUGCCCAUACGUCGAUUCGUUAGCGAUAUCAGCCCUUCCCGCCUGGAAUACUAUGCGGUCAUCGUGUCCGUGGGAAUGUUUUUCUUCAUGUUCUAUUUUAUCUCGCUGCCGUUUCGAGAAUACGCCAAUGGGUUCCGCCAGCUGCAGACCAUGUCGCGAUUUACCUACUGGCUGGCCCAUUUCGCCUUUGAUAUGCUGCUCUUGAUCUUCGUCUGCUCCGCACUGUUUCUUCUGCAACACUUGGUUAUGCCCGUCGAGCUCUACUCUACAGCAGAACUGAGUGUCAUUGUAAUGAGCAUAUUCUUCUACUGUUGUAGCUACUUGCCCAUUCUCUACGCCCUGGGCAACAGCUUCAAGUCCAUCUCCACGAUAUCUACGUACCUGCUUCUGAUGCUGAUUGUGUCGGCAAUUGCCCCCCUGAUCACGUCUAGCAAUGCAGCGGCCAUGAAACUGCACGAAACCAAGAUCGCCUUCCUCUGCUUCCUUCCGGACUUUAAUCUAAACCAUCAGUUACGCAUCAUCAACGAAAACUUUAUUGCCCGACGCCGUUCGACCCAGAUAAAACAACUCACCAGCGAGGAGACAUUCUUUGCUUAUGCGACCGCCGUAUGUGUUCUGGUCAUGGCUUUCUUCACCAUCGUGCUGGAGCACAAGUAUCUGCGGCGACGAAUUCACGAUGGCAUCUGGAAUUGGACAUUCCAGAAAAAGAAAAACAAUUCAACGGGCACCGUUCCCACCACUCCGAUCUCGGUCAUCGAUGAUUGUGCAAAGGAGGAGCAGCGGGUUAAGGAGCUGAUUAAGGACCCGUCGCACGAAUUCCCACUGGUUGUUAGUAAUCUCCGCAAGCGUUACAAGGAGAAGGUGGCUGUGGACGGGCUGAGCUUUGCGGCCGCCCGUGGAGAGUGCUUUGGCCUUCUCGGCGUGAAUGGAGCGGGGAAGACAAGUACCUUCCAGAUGAUAGCAGCCAACUUGCCGUUGGACGGUGGCAACAUACGCAUCGAUGGCUUUGAAAUUCGCAAGGACGAGGUAGCAUAUCGGCAUUGUUUUGGCUACUGCCCGCAGUACGAUGCCCUGAAUAAAUUCAUGACCGCUGAGCAGUGCCUGCACUAUAUGGCCAUGCUGCGCGGCUUAACUAGCGCCACCGAGGGUCCAACCAGCGUGAAAGAAAACGUAAAGUAUUGGCUGGAAAAGAUGCAUUUGACAAAGUAUCAGCAGGUGCAAGUGCGCCACUAUUCGGGCGGGACAAAGCGCAAGCUUCUGGCCGCCAUGGCCAUGAUAGGUGGACCCACUUUGGUGCUCCUGGACGAACCCACCACCGGCGUUGAUCCCAUUUCGAGACGGUUUCUUUGGCAGUGUAUCAAGGACUUUCAGGCGCAGGACCGAACUGUGGUGCUCACGUCGCACAGCAUGGACGAGUGUGAAGAGCUGUGCAAUCGCUUAGCCAUCAUGGCACAUGGCAAAUUCAACUGCCUGAAUAAUAUCUGUGCCCUGAAGCGAUUAAGCGGCUUUACCAUAAAACUGAAAAUGAAGGAGGACACCGAGUUGGACGAGAAUGUGAACACGAUCACAGGUACGCUUAAAGCUCAGUUUGCGGGACUGGAACUGCGCGAGAGCCAUGCCGGCACCCUCACCUACUUUGUGAGCACCCAGGACAGCAUAGUCCUCUGGUCGGAUGUGUUUAAAAUAGCGGAGGAGUACUUGGCCGAUCGGCUAAGUGACCUCGUGGCGGACUAUUCGCUCAACGAGUGCACCUUGGAGGAUAUUUUUCUCAAAUUUGAAAAACAGGCAAAAUCACAAUCGACGUCGCGCCAAUCCUCAGUAGAACAAAGUCCUGGUAUCAGCAACGUAUAAGCCUGCUAGAAAGGCUGUUUCGAAUAUCACAAGAACAGAGCAUAAGACUGCCGUCGUGGGGAUCGGGCACGCCCUUACCGCGACACCAUCUAUCCAUCUGUAUAAAUUUCACUUAACAGUAUUCACUUCAACUAAGAAUCUCUUUAUUCAUCCCUGCGACGGCGGUCACUUGGGCUCAUGCUGUCGGCAGGAUAUUUUCAAAUUAAAUAUUAAUAUAAUUUAAAUACAAAAUAAAGAAGAACGCAUUAAAUGGUUGUUCCAAAAAC